UACAGUGACACGUGUCGUGGAAUAGCGGGAAAAUGUGUUUCAGGUAUAUUCCAGUUGUCGUUGUAGAGCGACAAAUGUCGUAGUGAAACGACGUUUUUUGUCGAAAUGUAUUUAACAAGUGACAAGCGAGAUGGAUACACCAAAAAUCGUAAAAGUAACAACAAGGAAGCAAUUUGAAGAAUUGGGGAAUUUUAUGACGGAGAACGCCUUUAUUGCGAAAGGCCUUAAAUUUGCUGAGAAUAGCUGCAUAAGCAAAUGCGAGUUUGAUGCAAAAUGGAACCAGCUAACAGAAAAGCUUAAUAGCUUGGGUCCGCCCAUUAGAAGUACUACAGGAUGGCAGAAGGUUUGGUGUGACUACAAAUUGAAGUUAAAAAAAAAACUGGCGCACAACAAAAAGGAAUUAAAUUCAACUGGCGGUGGUUUAUUUAAAUUAGCGCAACUAACUGCCAUGGAUGAAGGAAUCAUCAAUUUACUGUCUUUACAGAAAACAGUUCCACAUGACGCCGUAGUGUUUGGCAUUGACGAAAACUCAAAUUUUGCUCCCAAAGAAAGGAAUUUAAUAGAUACGCCAGUAAAUAUACAUGAAGUUGAAGAACAAGAACAAGACCAACAACAACAGUCAACAAGUACUCAACAACCAUCAACUUCAAAAAGACGCCGCCAAGAAUCCUAUAAAGAAGAUUUAUUGGUUUCACAAACCGAAAUGUUAAGUAAAAUAUGUGAUUCAAUGGUUCAAAUAAAUAAAUAUGCUAAAAGAAUGUCUGAUGCAAUGGAAAAAAAGCUGAAAAUAUAUGAACGCAUGCAAGCGAAAAAGGAGGCUGCCAUAGAAUUAAAAAUGGAAAUUAUGGAAUUAAAAAAACAAGCUAUUUCCUUGCAAAUUUCUAAAAUGUGAUUUUUAAUGCUGUGACAAUAAUAUGUGUGAUAAACUUUAAAGUAAAUGUAUUCACUAUAAGUGAUAUUAAUUAAGUUAACAAAUGCAAGUACAAAAAAAAGUCUGUUAUGUUAAUAAUUUAAUAAUACUAUGU